AUGAUUGAUCGAGUUGAGACCGCAAACACAACACCAGGAUUGACGCGGGCCGAAGCCCCAGAACUUGUUCGCAACAUGUCUCCAGAAGAGCGAGCGCAUGCGGAAAAGGUCCUGGUUCGAAAAAUUGAUUUCAGACUCAUGCCUAUGCUUGUUCUGAUGUACAUUCUCAACUAUCUUGACCGUAACAACAUUGCUUCGGCGCGUUUGGCUGGACUGGAGACUGAUCUGGCCUUGACAUCUUCACAAUAUGAGACUAGUGUCUCGAUUCUGUUUGUCGGAUACUUGUUGAUGCAGAUCCCUUCCAAUCUUUUCCUCAACAAAAUCGGCAAACCUGCUUUGUAUCUCCCAGCAGUGAUGUGUGUCUGGGGUGUCAUCUCAACAUGCACAGCUGCCGUCCAAAGUUUCGGUGGACUUGUAGCAGUCAGAUUUGUGCUAGGUUUCGUCGAGGCUGCCUACUUCCCUGGUUGUCUGUUCUUCUUGUCUUCUUGGUACACUCGCAAGGAGCUCGCAUUCCGCUCUGCCGUCCUUUACUCUGGCUCAUUGAUCUCGGGUGCAUUCUCAGGCCUCAUUGCCGCUGGAAUUCUCAACGGCAUGUCAGGAAGCCUCGGUCUGGCGGCAUGGCGUUGGCUCUUCAUCAUCGAAGGUUGCAUCACCAUUACAAUCGCUUUCAUCGCUUUCUUUAUCCUUCCAAAUUUCCCUCGUACCACCGGGUGGCUUUCUGAGGAAGAACGCCAACUCGCUGUUUGGAGGCUUCAAGAGGAUAUCGGUAUGGAUGAUUGGGUCAGUAGUGAGGGACAAUCGUUCUGGCAUGGCUUUAAGCUUGCCUUCCUGGAUAUCAAGACGUACAUUCUCAUGGCUUUGCUUUUUGGCAUCGUUGCUAGUGGCUCUGUCACCAACUUCUUCCCAACAGUUGUGGCAACCUUGGGUUACAGCAAGAUCAUCAGUUUGUGUCUGACAGCACCACCUUACUGCUUGGCCGUCAUCACCGCGUUCUGUAACGCCCUUCACGCAGACCGCACUGGAGAACGCUUCUUCCACAUCACCAUCCCCCUCUUAUUUGCAGUUGCCGCAUUCAUUCUUGCCGCAUGCACAACAUCCACCGCACCCCGCUACGUUGCCAUGAUGCUCAUGGUUCCUGGAGUCUACACUGGCUACGUCGUCGCUCUCGCCUGGAUCAGCAACACCAUCCCCCGCCCACCAGCAAAACGUGCCGCGGCUCUUGCAGGCAUCAAUGCCAUUUCCAACGCCAGCAGUAUCUACGCCUCGUACAUGUAUCCCCAAUCGGCAGGACCCAGAUAUGUGGUUGCGAUGAGUGUGAAUUGCGCUACUGCUGCCUUGGCAAUUAUUAUGGCAUUUACUCUAAGGAUGAUUUUGGUGAGGUUGAAUAAGAAGUUGGAUAGAGGCGAGCAUGUGGAAGGUGCCGUCAGUGCUGGACAGGCUAUUCCUGGCGAAGCAGCUAAGAAGGGAUUCAGAUUCUUGCUUUAA